UGAUCGCCCCCCCCCUCCCCUCGCUCCCUUUCCCGAAGAGAGAAAAAGACUUCUUCUCGUCCUCUCGCGAGGGUUUCUUCUAGGGUUCCGCCGCGAGUGUAUGGCAGUGAGCCUGCUGCAGUCUCAUGAGGUGUCGGACCUCUGCAUCGGGAAGCCGGCGGUGAGAUCUCUGCCGCCGUCCGCCACCGUCGGGGAGGCCCUCCUUGGCCUCAAGAGAGGCGGAGGGAGUUUUCUUUGCGUGUGGAUCGCCGAUCGGGCGUCUCCGGAGAAGAAGGCGUGCGCCGGCAAGGUCUGCAUGGUGGACAUCCUCUGCUAUCUCUGCGCCGAGGAGAACAUUUCCUCCCCUUCCGCCGCCCUCGGCGCCCCCCUCUCCGCCCUCCUCCCCCCAAAGGACACCUCCCCCGUCCUCCGCGUCGAGCCGCAUUCCUGCAUAUUGGAAGCCCUAGACGUGAUCUUGGACGGAGCCCAGAACCUGGUGGUCCCCAUCCGCUCCGGCGCCGGCCGGAAGAAGCUCCUCGGUGGCGGCGGCGGCGGCGGAGUGGUGGACUUCUGCUGGCUGACGCAGGAGGACUUCGUACGCUUCUUCCUCAACUCGAUCGCCCUGUUCUCCCCGGUGCCGGCCCUCUCCGUCUCCGACCUCGGCAUCGUCCGCCCUGCCGUUCUCGCCGUCCGCCCCCACGAUCCCGCCCUCGCUGCGCUUCCCCUCAUCCGCCGCGCUCUCGCCGACCAGACCUCCGUCGCCGUCGUCACCGACGACGGCAAGCUCAUCGGCGAGAUCUCCCCCUCCACGCUGGACCACUGCGACGAGGGCACCGCCGCGGCGCUCGCGGCCCUCUCCGCUGGUGACCUAAUGGCCUGGAUCGACUUCUCUGGUGCCCCCCCGGAGGCCACCGUCCGGACCGUCAAGGCCCGGCUGAGGGAGAAGGGCUUGACUGGGAUGAUCGAACUCCUCGAGGCCGACCUCUCCCCGCCCUUCUCCUCCUCCUCCGGCUCCUCCUCGGGCUCGUCGUCCGACGAGGAGUCCGGCAGGGGAGCGGGGCGGCGGUUGCGGAGGCUUCGGUCGUCGGGGAGCUACUCGGCGAGGAUGGGGCGGCGGUCGGAGGAGGCGAUCGUGUGCCACCCGGGGAGCUCGCUGGUGGCGGUCAUCAUCCAGGCGCUGGCCCACCGUGUCAGCUACGUCUGGGUGGUCGACGACGACUACGGGCUCGUCGGCAUCGUGGCGUUUCCGGACAUACUCGGCGUCUUUCGAGAACUCUUACAACCACCUUUUGAGAAAGAGUACUCGGCAGCGGAAGCAAUGACAAAGCAAAAAAAGAGAGAGUCCCUGUCGUAAGCUUGCGAAUAGUGGAGCAUCAGGACUUCUUUGUUGGUAGUUUGGGUUCUGUUUGUAGGUGUUUCCUGUUGCUUGUGAUGGAAAGUUGCUAAAAUUGAAGUUCGAGGCUACGUGUUGUGAUGAUGGGUGCUGUUGGUUGUCUAAGAGUGGAUGAUGUGAGCUGGCACUUGGUUGGGGCGAUGGAUAUUUGUUUGGAUGGAUGGUUAAAGUGUAUUCAGAUGGGUUAACAGAACUAGAACUGAAACUGGAAGACAUGCAGGUGGCAGCUUGGGAGAUUCUGUUGAGAGUUACAGGAUGGUAACUUUGUUGGGUAUUCUCUUCCUCGUGCGAGUUGGGAACAUGGUAACUUUGUUGUGAACUUUGCUGACAUGCAGCCGGCUCAACUCUCUUAGACAUUUGAUCUCAAAAUUAUUUGACAUAUUGUUGGAUUUCUUGCUGAACUGUAGCUCUCUGGGAAAAUGGAAGUCGCCCAGAUUGCGAGCAGCAGCAGCACUUGUCUUACAAGUAGUAAUUAAUUAAGUACAGUGCAAUCCAAUGGCUUUCAUGAAUCAUGAUGUGUGCCACGAUUUGUGGAGGCCAUCGCAUCGCUUAACAUGCGGGCGGCGUGGCAUCUUUCGAAAUUAUGAAAGCUUGUGUUGAGGUGAAUUUGAGCAUCAGAGGUGUAGGUGUCAUGGCAUCCUAAGCUAGCCAACUACACAGUUACAAACUUUGGCUGGACGUAUAUUCUUGGAAGAACGCAAAUGGCAGCUACAGGGACAAGCCUACCCUACCUUCUUUGGAUCGUUCUAACAAAAAUUCCUUGUUAAUGACUAUUGAACCAUCACCUAAGCGGUUCUAAUAUUUAUGGAGAUGUUAUGGAUUCCUUUAAACACCUCUCUCACUUUUGUUUUGUUUUGCUUUUUUGGUGAAAGGCACCUCUCUUCCUGUAACAACGAUCGCAAUUCCAUGUGACUAGGUGAUUCUUAUCUCAUGAUCCAAGUACUUGUCUAGGUUGGUUUGAAAUA